AGACGCCGUAAUCUAGAGAUAUGAAAUCUAUACUUUAACCAUUGCCCUGAGAUAAUUCAUCACUUCUGUUUGCUGAACUCGACCGGCUCAAAGGGCGACUGCCGAUGCCACUAUUUGGCUCCAUCGAUCGCUCAAUGAUCAGUGCACAUAGCGAAUUAGCGAAAGAACGGUCAUUCUAAAGGUGACACUAUCAUGCGAUCUUCUGCGAUCCUACGAAAACUCCCCGCUUUGCCUCCCAAGGCGGACUGGUCAAAACAUUUUCCUCUCACCGCCUUCAAUGUCGUCAACCGUCUCAGCUCGUAUGGCGGCAACAAGUCUGGGAAAAGAACAAAUGUAGUUGACCCCGCUCUGGCGGAGGAGAUCGUUCAUAGCCUGGAUAUCGGCAAGGCGACUCAUGUGGUUGAAGCGUAUCCUGGCAUGGGUGGUCUGACAAGGGCUCUCUUGUCACAACCGCCUUCCAUCGUCACCAAAGUCACAGCGGUUGAACCGGCAGCUCCAUUCAGGAAGAGUGGCCUAGGAACCCAAGAACCGGAUGAAUAUCUCAGCAGGGAGGAACGAGUUGGACAAGCUUGGAAACAGCUCACAAUCAAGGAUCGUAUCAGCAGAUCGGAGCAUGCUGCUUUGCAAAGCAGCAUGCUCGAUGACCGCGAGAAUCCUCUGGAGCCGGGAAACCUGCCGAAUUGUGAAGAGGACGAGGAUAUUGACAGUAUGCUCGAGCAUACGUCGGAUUCGAGUCAUUCUCCAGCCGGCGUAGUGACCGACAAAAAAGGGUUUGGUCUUCUCGAACAACUCAGAAACGAGGCUGUCGAUCCACAUGGCAGGUCUGCACCAAGUGAUUCAAACCCGCUGAAUACCUCUAGCCUGAAGCACUCAAAGUCCCCCGACCGGCCACCUGACUUCUUGACGAUCUGGCCAUCUUCCCUUGAUGAUCGGCUGGACGUCAUCGACGAUACGCUGUAUGAUUGGGCAACAUUCACAAAGCUCGACCAAAUGCAUAUCUUCCAGGACGUCGAAGCCAAGCCUUGGAAUGAAGCAUCCCCAAAUCUCCGAUUCGUGGCACAGAUACCAGAGUCGGACCUCGGUGAACAACUGGUCGCGCAAUGGAUAGGCUGCAUAGCGAACCAGAGCUGGUUCUUCAAGUAUGGCAGGGUCCAGCUUAGUCUUAUCGUGAGGCCUACACUGUAUGAUCGAUUGACAGCUCUACCCGGAACAAAAGCCUACUGCAAACUAUCGGUCAUGCGAGCCGCAUUGUGUGACUACAGGCCGGCGACAGACAGCUACCUUAAUCUCAGUCUCCAGGACACCAUGUCCGAAGUCCAGCUAUCGCGUUUGCAACGCUUAGAUCGAGAAAAGCUUGUGCCUCGCCCGCUCACGCUAGUCGCCGGAGCGGGAGCUGGCGUGAGCAAAGUCAAAGGAAUGUCAAUAGGCAAAUCGAAUUUGACGGAUAUUCUGGCCCGCUACCCAGAUUUCGCACCUUUACCGGCGAAGAAAAGCUUGAAUCAGGACCCCCUGCUAGACAGAGGGAAGCAGGAGUCUCUCAGCGAUUGCUAUUAUCCAAAGCUCAAACGUAACAAGCGCGAAGGAUCCCGCCCCGGCAUGAUGGCUCUGACUCUGCAGCCCAAAAAAACUCCUUGGAUAGACAAGUACUCUAAGGACGUAUGGGAUUACGUCCUCAGGCGGAUGUUCGUGAUGCAGGGAAGCGUUUUGGAGAUGGCGAUCAAGAACCUUGGUCUGGGAGCAACAAAUCUGCUGCCACAGUUAAUCAGCGAUAAAUUGCCGCCUGAGCAAAAGGUCGACCCUACCAAGCUUGUUCGCGAGUUUAGUCUACAGGACUGGUCCAACAUCGUUCGCGCAUUCUCCAACUGGAAAUUCGCACCGGAUGUAUUACUCUUAGGCAGCGUAACUCAGGCGGAAGAGGGCUCUUCGCGCAUGUUGGGCUCGGGCAUGUGAUGUGUAGAUCGCGUUUGCAAGUAAGAUUCGUAUAGGCGAUACCAUGUCUCAAGCACAAGAGUCCACCUAUAUACUAUGAAAAUGUCUGCCCACAACUUGCGAGUUGCGUGUUGUAUCAUAGAUUCAUCAAGUUCUUAGUAAACCGUUUUGUCAGAUAGGAUGGGG